GUAGUCGCCGCAGCGGCGAUGGGAGCGGUGGGGACGAGGUGGCGGCGGCGGCGGCAGGAGGAGGAGCAGGGGCUGGCACAAGAGCAGCGGUUGGGGGCGGCCAGCAGCAGCAGUAACAGCAGCAGUAACAGCAGCAGCCGCCGCCGCCGCCAGUAAACGGGGACGGUACCCGACGGUACCCAGCCGGCCGGCCCUCGAAGCCGUGCUCCGGUCCCGCCGCAGUAGGCGGCGGGGGAUGGGCAGGCGGCGGCGGUCCCGCCUGCUGAGAGUUAACCCCUGCUAGUCCCGGCUCUGAGCUGCACCCGAGCCCUCAGCCCGAAAUCCCUGCGUCCGCCACGGCCCAGGUUAAAUGGAAACCACUCUUGAGAGCUGGAUGCCUGUGUAGCUGUUCGACCACAUCAGUGAAUUGCAAUGAGUGGAGGAGGAGAGCAGCCAGAUAUCCUCAGUGUUGGAAUCCUGGUCAAAGAAAGAUGGAAAGUGUUGAGGAAGAUUGGGGGUGGGGGCUUUGGAGAAAUUUACGAUGCCUUGGACAUGCUUACCAGGGAAAAUGUUGCAUUGAAGGUGGAAUCAGCUCAACAACCAAAACAAGUUCUGAAAAUGGAGGUUGCCGUAUUGAAAAAACUACAAGGGAAAGACCAUGUUUGUAGAUUUAUUGGCUGUGGAAGGAAUGAUCGAUUCAACUAUGUGGUCAUGCAGUUGCAGGGUCGAAAUCUGGCGGAUCUACGCCGUAGCCAGUCUCGGGGCACAUUCACCAUUAGCACUACUCUUCGGUUGGGUAGACAGAUUCUGGAGUCUAUUGAGAGCAUCCAUUCUGUGGGAUUCUUGCAUCGAGACAUCAAACCGUCGAAUUUCGCCAUGGGUCGCUUUCCUAGUACAUGUAGGAAAUGUUACAUGCUUGAUUUUGGCUUGGCUCGACAAUUUACCAAUUCCUGUGGUGACGUCAGACCACCUCGAGCUGUGGCAGGAUUUCGAGGGACAGUUCGUUAUGCAUCAGUCAAUGCUCAUCGGAACAGGGAAAUGGGAAGACAUGAUGACCUUUGGUCCUUAUUCUACAUGUUGGUGGAAUUUGUGGUUGGUCAGCUGCCUUGGAGAAAAAUAAAAGACAAGGAGCAAGUGGGCUCUAUUAAGGAGAGAUAUGACCACAGGCUUAUGUUGAAACAUCUCCCUCCGGAAUUCAGCAUCUUUCUGGACCACAUCUCUUCUUUAGAUUAUUUUACAAAACCAGACUACCAGCUUCUUACAUCCGUGUUUGACAACAGCAUCAAGACCUUUGGAGUAAUUGAGAGUGACCCUUUUGACUGGGAGAAGACUGGAACUGAUGGCUCCCUAACAACCACCACUACUUCUACCACCCCUCAGUUGCACACCCGCUUGACCCCUGCGGCAAUCGGAAUUGCCAAUGCCACUCCCAUCCCAGGAGACUUGCUUCGAGAAAAUACAGAUGAGGUGUUUCCAGAUGAACAGCUUAGUGAUGGGGAGAAUGGCAUCCCUGUUGGUGUGUCACCAGAUAAAUUGCCUGGAUCUCUGGGACACCCUCGUCCCCAGGAGAAGGAUGUCUGGGAAGAGAUGGAUGCCAACAGGAACAAGAUAAAGCUUGGGAUCUGUAAGGUUGCUACUGAAGAGGAGAACAGCCAUGGUCAAGCAAAUGGCAUUCUGAAUGUUCCAAGCCUUGGUUCGCCAAUUCGUGUCCGCUCAGAGAUUACUCAGCCAGACAGAGAUGUGCCGUUGGUGCGCAAGUUACGUUCUAUCCACAGCUUUGAGCUGGAAAAACGUCUGACACUGGAGCCAAAGCCGGAUACUGACAAGUUUCUUGAGACCUGCCUGGAGAAAAUGCAGAAAGAUUCCAGUACAGGAAAAGAAUCUAUUCUCCCUGCUCUGCUUCAUAAGCCUUGUGUUCCUGCUUUGUCCCGUACUGACCACAUCUGGCACUUUGAUGAAGAAUAUCUUCCAGAUGCUUCCAAGCCUGCCUCUGCCAACACCCCUGAGCAGGCAGAUGGUAUUGGCAGCAAUGGAUUUGUAGCUGUUAAUCUGAGCUCCUGCAAGCAGGAGCUUGAUUCCAAAGAAUGGGUGAUUGUGGACAAGGAGCAGGACCUUCGGGAUUUUAGGACAAAUGAGGCUUUAGGCUAUAAAACAACUGGAAGCCCUUCCGAUGAGGAGCCCGAAGUACUUCAAGUCCUGGAGGAAUCACCUCAAGAUGAAAAGCUCCGAUUGGGUCCUUGGGCAGAAAAUGAUCCUUUAAAGAAGGAAACCUCAGGUGUGAUCUUAGCACUUUGCGGGGAGUGCCCUGCCACUGCUGCUUCAGAACAGUAUACCGACAGGCUAGAACUCCAGGCUGGAGCUGCUAGUCAGUUUAUUGCAGUGACACCCACAAGUCCGAUGGAGGCACAAGCGGAAGGACCCCUUACAGCGAUUACAAUUCCUAGACCUUCUGUGGCAUCUACACAGUCGACUUCAGGAAGCUUUCACUAUGGUCAGCCGCCAGAGAAGAAAGACCUUCAGCCUCUGGAGCCCACUGUGGAACUCUGCUCUCCAAGGGAGAACUUCUCUGGCUUGGUUGUGACAGAGGGUGAACCUCCUAGUGGAGGAAGCAGAACAGACUUGGGGAUUCAGAUAGAUCAUAUUGGUCAUGACAUGUUACCCAAUAUUAGAGAGUGUGACAGAUCCCGAGACCUGGGACCAAAAGACAUUCCUGACCAUAACAGACUGGCUGUGAGAGAAUGUGAGGGUCUCUCUAGGGAAACUGAAGAGAAGAGCAUUCUUCUAGGGUCAGAGAAUGAAGAUGAAAAGUUAAGUAAAGGGCAGCAUUAUAUUGAGAUCUCCUGUCUGCCAGGAGACUUAGUAACUAUGGAAAGGGACCGCUCAGCUCCUACUGAACCUUUUGAUGUAACAAAAACACAGACUUUCAGUGUGGUGCCAAAUCACGACAAAAAUCAUGAGAUAAUGAAGCUUCUAGCAGUUAGAACUUCAGAAACUUCUCCACGAGUCAUUGACCCACAUGUUGAAGGACACAUAGGCCAGGUGGCAGCAAUGCAAAAAAGUAAGUUAUCUAAGGAUGAUGAUAUGAAGAGUGAAGACUUGCCUGGUCAUCAAGGAGACCUCUCUACUUUUUUGCACCAAGAGGGUAAGAGAGAGAAAAUUGCCCCUAGAAAUGGAGAACUAUUUCCGUGUGUUUCAGAGAGUGAACACUGUCCCCCAUCCCGGAAGGAUGUGGUUAGGUCAUCCUUUGUAACCAGACACAGUCGAAUCCCUGUUUUAGCACAAGACAUAGACUCAACUUUUGAAUCAUCCUCUCCAGUCUCUGCAAAAGAAAAGCUCCUCCAGAAGAAAGCUUAUCAGCCAGACCUAGUCAAGCUUCUGGUGGAAAAAAGGCAACUCAGGUCUUUCCUUGGGGACCUCUCAAGUGCCUCUGAUAAAUUGCUAGAGGAGAGACUAGCCACUGUUCCUGCUCCUUUUUCUGAGGAGGAAGUCUUCACUCCCUUUUCAAGACUGGCUGUAGACUCGCAUCUGAGCAGAUCAGCUGAAGACAGCUUCCUGUCACCCAUCGUCUCCCAGUCCAGAAAGAGCAAAAUUCCAAGGCCAGUUUCAUGGGUCAACACAGAUCAAGUCAAUAGCUCAACUUCAUCUCAUUUCUUGCCUCGGCCACCGCCAGGAAAGCCACCCACAAGGCCUGGAGUAGAAGCCAGGCUCCGCAGAUAUAAAGUCCUAGGGAGUAGCAAUUCCGACUCAGACCUUUUCUCCCGCCUGGCCCAGAUUCUUCAAAAUGGAUCUCAGAAACCCCGGAGCACUACUCAGUGCAAGAAUCCAGGAUCCCCUCACAAUCCAAAAACACCACCCAAGAGCCCAGUUGUCCCUCGCAGGAGUCCCAGUGCCUCUCCUCGAAGCUCUUCUUUGCCUCGCACGUCUAGUUCCUCACCAUCAAGGUCUGGACGGCCCCACCAUGACCAGAGGAGUUCAUCCCCACAUCUGGGGAGAAGCAAGUCACCUCCCAGCCACUCAGGAUCUUCCUCCUCCAGGAGGUCCUGCCAACAGGAGCACUGCAAACCUAGCAAGAACGGCCUGAAAGGAUCCGGCAGCCUCCACCACCACUCAGCCAGCACUAAAGCUCCUCCAGGGAAGAGUAAGUCAGCUAAUAAACUCAGCAGAUAGGAGCCGGCUGCAUCUCUGUGAAAGGUGUGAGAUCUUCCUCCUAAACCUGAUGCAUGUGUGUCCCUCUACUGUCUAUUUAAAAAAUCAGUGUUGAUCUUCUCUUGCAAAAGAAAGUAACAUGAUAAUUUAUAAGAAGACAAGUAUAUGAUUAGGAAUUACCUAAGGCAGGCAGCAAGCAGAUCUGGAAUCAAAGCCUUUGCAUAGGAAGGGGCAAUCCAGUAAAAUCCAAGAGGGAGAAGCUAACUAAAUGAACUCUCAUUUUUCAGCAGCCUUUGAAACAACAGAGUUGAAGGUAGGAAGUGGAAUGGAAUUUUAAGGGGUUUGGCCUACUUUUUUAAAGGCUCUGCUCAAAGAUUAUAUGGCAAAAGUGAAACUUCUUGAUUUAAUAUUUUCAUUCAAAACUUCCCAACCUUAGAGAGUCGGAAUUGCUCUGAUAUUAGAGUACAUAAGAAGUCUGUUGCUGGGGAGCCAGUGCUCAUAAACAUUUGGCUUUUGUGUUUAUCUGGUGUACUGUGAGUUCACCCCUUUACUUGGCCUCAUUCCUAGUACCCUCCCUGGACUUUACAUUUUUUAAAGUUAGUGUUUCUCACCUGAUCCACUCUCUCUUCUUGUAAAGAGUGCUGUUUUAGCAGCACAUGCUGAGAAUUUCAAAUCCAAUUACUUUUUUUUAGUCCCCUAAUAUUUUUCUUUGGAGCAGCAGUUCUUGACUCAGCAUAUUUUUAUUGUGAAAAAUAACUGAUGAAACUUAGGUAAAGGAAGAAAAAGUCUAAAUAGAGCUACUUUGCAGGCUUUAGUGCGUUAGGGAGAGAGGGAUAGGGUGUGGGGUAAUACCCUUCCAGAUAGAAGAACCCUCUUCCCCCCUGUUAGUUUCCUCUUGUGGAAGGAAAACUUACCAGAGUAGAUCUUGCUUCCUUAAGUCUUCUAAGUACCAACUAUUUCUAAUAUCAACCUCCAAGAUGAUAUCAGGGAAGUACAAUGCUGUGGAUUGUGACUUGAUGCUUUUAGAAAUUUAGAAAGAAAAGUAGAAAGAAAUUAGGUACGUUGCUGAGGCUUAAAAUCCUUAAACUUUGUAUUUUAUACAUUUAGCCAAUAAGGAAUGAAUAUCUGGGGAAAUAAAUUUAGGCUCAAUAUUUAUCUUUUAAUGUUUUAUUACCUGCUUUUCUUGUGCUUUAGUUUGAAUAUUUGGGCUUCUUGACCUGAUUUCCAUGUAAUCUCAAUUUAUAAAGCUGUAAGGAGAAUCAUAUUUGUUCUGAUCUCACUCUUCUGCUAAGAGGAAUCAGGCAAAAUUAAAUUAUACUAGACUUUUAAAAUGGGCUAUUUUAUACUCUGUAGGUGUUCUGUGUCGUAAAGACCUUAUUAAGGUCAGGCAAAUUGGUCUGCUUGCUGUUGAAAUUUGCCUUCUAGCAAACAUCUGUGCUUUCUCUUUGACCUUCUGUUUGGUCAAUCUAAACCUAGUAUGGUUGAAUUGGAAAACAAAAAAAGAAAGAAAUCUAUUUCCUCACCAAGUAAACAUAUUCUAAUGCUGCAUCAAAGCUGCCCUGAAGCUGCACUGAACUUAUCUCAUUCUCUUUAUCCGUGUUGAGCUCUUUAAAAAAAACUUCAAAAUACUAUUGAGGCAUAUAUGGUCUCCCAUAAGAAAUGUAGCCUAGUGUGGAAUCUUAAUUUCUCUCCGGUUCUAAGCACUACAGAGGAAUGCAAUAGAUAAGACAUAUUUGCUGUUUAACUAAAGCAACUGUAAUAUUGGAAGACUGAUCCUUCUGUAUUAUACUGUAUAAUAGUUGCUAUAACACUACUUGCAUGUCUUCAUGGUAAAUUAUAUAAAUAUUUAUAAAUAUAUAGAGAAACAUAUGCUUAUAUAAGCUCAUUCUUUCUCAUUCUCCAUUUCAAGAGAAUUUCAAGAUCACAGAUGGUGAAAUUCCUUUUUAUUGUGUGCCUGGCGUACACUUGGGUCUUGCCUAUCUUCAUUUUCUGAAAAUAUGUUCCAGGCAUGUGACACUUCAGAUUCUUCUUGCCUUCCUUGUGUAUAAUGCAAGGGUUGGCAGUGUUUGCAAGCCAAGAUAGGUUAUUUAAUUUUCAUUUUUGAAAGAUUUUAAUAGGGGAAAAAAAUUACUGGGACAUGCUUGUAAUACUGGUUCAAAGAUUUGUCAUGUUAAUCACAUAAUUCUAUCCUUAUGGUUAGAAUGGAUAAACUGGGAUGAUAAUCAUGGGUCUGACAUAAAUUUUUUUUAAAUCUCUUAAAAGUGACCAUUCCACUUACCUCUUUUCACCUCACUUUUUUGGGGUGGUGGUGGGGAGUAAUCUAUAAUUAAGAAAUUAUUUUCUUUUUUCUGUUGUGUUAGCUAAAUUGUGCUGAGGGUAGCCAGCUUUAAAUCUUGACCCCUCUAGUCAGAAAUGUGCUCAUGGUAACCACUGGAAAAGCUGAUGAGGCUACAGUUGUGGUGUGUGUGUUAUUUUAUUUCUUAUUGGCGUCUCUCUGCUAGCAGUCAAAACUGACAGUGAUGGCAACAUCUCAACUGAGUAUUUUCUCUCUUUCUUGGUCCUUCUGUUUCUGUCCCAAAUUUUCCACUGUGUUGCCUCCUUUUAUAAAGGGCACUGACAGACUCAAGAUCCAGAGAGAAACAGCCUCAUUUUGUAAGAAUAUUUUAUUUUGCAUGUAGAGGAGAGAGUUAACCAAAGAUGUUUCUGCUCUGAUACUUUCAAAAGAAAACAGACUAUAUCUUAUGUAUCAAUAGGUCCACUUAAAAGUACUAGCUUAUAUAGAGAUGUACUUUAUGUUUUUUAAAAGCAUAGUUUGUGCUUUUAGAUGUUAGUUGUCUCAGGCUAAAAAGAGAAGUUGGCAGCCCUGAGCAAAGCACUUUUGGCACAAGGAUUUUUGUUUUUAUUUUAUUUUAAAGUAUGGUACAGAGAAUGAGUUGAUUUUUUUGUUGUUGUUUUCAGUUCUUUAUUUUUUAUUUAUUUUUGUUUUUUUUAGUGACGGCAUAUUUCAGUGACAAACAGAUUAUCCAACUAAUUUUAAAGCAGUUCGGUUAUUCUACCUAAGAUGAGGGACAUGGCCAUUAUUAAAGUCAAGCCAAACUUUCCUAAAAGUAGUAUGGGACAGUUAUCUUUUGAAAAUCAAAGGCCUCCUGGUUUCUCCUGUCACAACAAAGUGGCUGGUUACCUAGUCACACUUAACUUACCUUCCCUUGUCUAGUCUCUGGAGUUACUUGGGUGGAGUAGAAGAUGGAAUUAGCAACAGCCCAGUUCCUUUAGGUAGCCUUCUUCCUAAAUUAUGCUGCCAAAUCUCCAGGGUGUACAGAUUGGUUGAAAUAUUAAAUUCCACAUAGUAAUUUUUUGCACAGCUUAAAAGCAUUUAAUGUAGAGUGAACAAAGAAGGAAAAUUGGGUCAUAUCAAAUUUAACCUUAAAGCACAGAUUAUAAACAUCUUUGAAUGGUAAAUCUUAGGCAGGCACUCUCAUUCUCAAGUUGGUAUGCAACCUGGCCUUGCUGAUAGUGGCGUCAUUACAUUUACUGUUUUUUAAAUUGCAUGUUGUGAAGUGAAUGUUUUUUGUAAAAGUUGUCAAGUUAAUCGAGUCCUAAAUAAGUAGCAAAAUGGUAAUUGAGACCCACUGAUGUCAUUAUCUACUUUAUAUUAUUUGCUUUAAAAUACUAAACAAAUCUCAACUGCUUACUAACUCAGUGGACUAGUUGUACAGUAGCUCUUGCUAUUUAGCUCCUAGUCACUCUAGGAGCUUGAGGUUCUUCAGUGAUUAUCAGCGAGUCCGUCCAGGCCACAGAUUUUAUGUGAAUGUUUCUAUGGCUGCAUUCAAUCUACAAGGAAACAGUGUACAUUGGUACAUGUUUUAUAAACCCAGACACAGAUAGUUGAAACUAUAAUUAGUUUUUCUAUACCCAGUAGCUUUGAAUUAAAAACAGAUGCUUUUUCUCUUAGAGCAGAGAAGUCUUUGUUCUAGGAACUACAUUCCUAAUCUAACAUUAGGAACUGGUGAGAGGAGAAACAGGAUCCAGGAUUGAGAAUUUAAUGGCUUAGUGAAAAAAAUGCAUCUUACUCUGGCUAUUUGAAAAUAUAUUUAUUUGUAGAUAAGUCUAGAUUUGGUCUUGGAGAUCAAAGUUUUCACAUUUUAAAACUUUUUUCAUUCCUUUGUAUCUAUCAAAAUGUGGCAUAUGUUAGGGAACCAUUUCUUCUGUCUUGUUCAUGGAUUUUGGAAUUAAGUUGUUCGCGUUCACUCUUUUAAAAAAGUCUGCCCAUUUCUGUGUAUGUGCAUUUACUACCGAUGUGUUGGGGCUUUGCCUAAAAGAAGAGAUACUUUAGCACCUGUAUUACCGAGAAGAUAGAAUGGUUGACAACAACUGCAUUGUUUAACUUUCUUGAGUUUGGUUCUGUAUACAGUUUAUUUGCAGAAUACUUACUUAUCUGUGUUUUAAUACAAAAAGUAUUACAGGAUUAAGGCAUGUAACCACUAUGGUAGUCCUCACAUGUCAAUAUUUACCCAAGUUCAGAAACCACAGGUACAUAUUUAGACCUUAACUUAGAAAAGGGAACAAGAGGCAAUUCCAGGCCUCAGGCCAUAUGGAAGGAUGCAGUACAUGGAAACCCCAGGUGGUUGUUAGGACCUCCCACUUCCCUGUUAUCAUCCAGUAGAGCUCUGGUGUGUACCUGGACAAUGUGAGAGUAGUGUGGAAACAUCGUACCACUGGAUGUUCUCAAUAGUUGGGCAAUCCCUCUGGAAUUAUGAGAAAUUUAAUCCAGAUAAUCUUGGGAGCUAUAGAAUCAGUCACCAACAUUGCUAGGGAGAACUGCAGGGAGUAUAUAUGCGGAAUUCCUGUAGUUCUUAGUAACUCCAGGACACGGGACAAGGAUCCUUAUUCAUUUAAAAGGUAAUUUGGAUGCUGCACCCCUCAAUCCCUGAGAAAUCCCUGGGUGGACAUGACAUCAUGGCGUUCAAGUCUUGGCCCAUCAGUACAUUUUCUAAUUCAGUUGUGAUUAUCUGCUCCGAUUUUUAAAGUGUAAGCUUGAUGUUAUUAUUAUUAUUAUUCCCCUUGAGCAAAUCAAGAUCAAGAUCAUCUUCAGGUUAUACAUAAUCUCAAGACACUGAAUAGCCAAGUAGUAACAUUUUACUCAGUAAUGAUUUGAAUAUUUCCUUAGACUUUGCUGGAUCCUUGGUCUUAAGGAGACAUAUGAAAGAAGUGAAGCCUUUCCUUCAUUGCCCUGUGACACUUUAACAGGGUCUGCCUCUUUAAUUGGAAGUGACAGUAUGGACACAGUAUGUUAUCACUGGCGAUGCUGACAUGUCUCUCAGAUUCCCUGGGCCAGGGGUUCCGGGUUCCUUGACCUAGAGAAUAGGAUUCAGUGAGGCAGAUCUUUGAGCCCAUGUGACUACAGAAUUUGCUGAUGACAUGAUUUUACACACUAACGAUGGAUAGGAAUUUUACCUCUCUUUUCAGUAGUUUAAUAUUGUUUCAUAUUGUGUACAUAAGUGUUCACUCACCCUGUUAAAAACAUUGAGUAAACCAAGUUUUUAUAUAUACUACACUUGCCAUAUGAUGCUUUUUUCCUGCUUAUAAUAUGCAGUUUAAAUCCUUAAAAUUCAUGCACAGCACUUCUCCAUACCUGGAGUCUGUCUGGGUGUUCUUCACUCACCCACAAGGAAUAAAUAAGGCUAUCAGAGCUUGAACGUGAUUUAUUUUAGGGAGCAACCCAAGGAGGGGAAAGCCCUCGGGACUUUUUCACAACUAUUUUCUUUUUAAACUACUAUUCACCAGAUAAAUUAGUUCACUAAGGUAAAGAGCAUUCAGAAAUACAAAGAUAGGAAGAUUAAAAAAAUGUAAUGCUGUGCCACUUGGGGCUCUGAAAUUGGAUUGGGUGAACUGGAGAGAACAGAUAGAUGACCCAGGCUUGAGCCCCCUCACUUCUCCCUCAUACAGAGUUCCUGGUCGUCCUCCUGAUUCCUUUCCUGAAAUAGCCAGUGCCGAUUUCAUUAGGCCAUUUACUUACAAGGUCACAGCUUUUAGGAAAAAAGUGGGAGGAGGGAAACUUCUAGUUUUGAAUUAGAUAUAACUCUUCAAAGUUAUGAACUAUUGGCAGCUAUUAAAUCAGAUUGAACCACAAACCAGAAGAAUUCUCUCUUGUAGAGCAAGACCAGUUAGUUGGAAUAGAAGACUUUAAUGAUUCCAAUUUUCUCCCUUUCUUCUCCUCUUCAUGAAUCAGAGUGAUGAGAAAUUGCUCUGAAAUACUACAAAUGUAUUGCAUUGUGUCCCUUUCCCCUCCAAGCAGCCCUCUUUAUGCAUUUUUGCUCAGGCAACCAAGGAUAUAGAGUAUUGGCAGAAACACAGAGUGCUUUUGUAUAGGCCAUCUGUACAUAAAAGUGUAAUUAUUUAUUUAAUUUUCCCAUUUGUAUCAUAUUAAAGCCUUGUACAGUGUUUUAAGUUCUGUUUUAAAAUUAUUUUGUAUUUUAUUUUUAUAAUCUAGUAAUAAAAUAUUCAUUCCGCA